AUGUCUGGCCGCGGCGGCACCACCCUCUACGUCACUGGCUUCGGCCACGGCACGCGCGCCCGCGACCUUGCCUACGAAUUCGAACGGUAUGGUCGUCUUGUUCGCUGUGACAUUCCUGCUCCGCGCUCGGCCUCCAGCCGUCUCUUCGCAUUCGUUGAGUAUGAGUCUCGCCGUGAUGCUGAUGAUGCCUAUCACGAGAUGCACAACAAGCGCAUCGGUCGCGAUGACCUCCUGAAGAUCGAGUGGGCCCGCACCCCUCCGUCCGCUUCGUGGCGCUUCGACUCCGGUCGUGACCGCCCCCGCAGGCGCGACGCCUCCCCCCGCCGUGGCCGCAGCGUCACUCCUCCCCGUCGCAGCCGUGGCGACUACUCGCCCCGGAAGGAUGACCGUCGUGAACGCGACUACGACCGCCGCGACCGUGACCGUUCCCGCAGCCCCGACGACCGUGACAGGGACAUGAAGGAUAUCCGUGACCGUGAGGAGGAGGACCGUGACCGUGAGCGGGACCGUGAGAACGGCACCAACGGCGGCGACAAGCGCGAGGAAACGCCUCCCCCUCCUGCUCAUGAUGAUCUCGACACUGCCGAAUAG